UUGCUACAAGGAAAAAUGGUUGUACGACAGUAUAAUGAAGAACUUAAAUACCUUGAAAUAUUGUCACCCUAAUGUUGGCGUAUCCAGAAGGGUUUCCAGCCCAAUAUGAAUGUAGAAGGCAUAUUCUACGUGAAUGACCACCUUGAAAAGUUAAUGUUUGAAGAGUUACGCAAUUCUUGCCGUCCAGGAUCAAUUGGAGGUUUCUUACCCGGUAUGAAGCAGAUUGCUAAUGUUGCAGCGCUUCCUGGUAUUGUUGGAAAAUCUGUUGGUUUGCCUGACGAUCAUUCAGGAUAUGGUUUUGCCAUUGGUAAUAUGGCAGCUUUUGAUAUGGACAACCCUAAAGCAGUUGUCUCUCCUGGUGGUGUGAGAUUCGAUGUCAAUUGUGGCGUGCGCUUGUUGCGGACCAACCUUAUUGAAGCUGAUCUUCCCAUGAAGGAGCAGUUAGCCCAGUCCAUGUUUGACCACAUCCCAGUAGGAGUUGGGUCAAAGGGUAUUAUUCCUAUGACAGCACGUGACUUAGAGGAAGCACUCGAGAUGGGCAUGGAUUGGUCAUUCAGAGAAGGGUAUAUUUGGGCUGAAGAUAAGGAACAUUGUGAGGAAUAUGGACGUAUGGCACAAGCAGACCCAGCUACAGUGUCCAUGCGAGCUAAGAAGAGAGGCUUACCACAGUUGGGCACACUAGGAGCUGGAAACCAUUAUGCUGAAAUUCAAGUAGUGGAUGAAAUAUAUGACAAAUGGGCAGCCAGUAAAAUGGGAAUAGAGGAGAAAGGACAAGUGUGUGUCAUGAUCCACUCAGGCUCUCGUGGUUUUGGACAUCAGGUGGCUACAGAUGCACUUGUUGCGAUGGAAAAAGCAAUGAAGCGAGAUGAUAUAGACACAAAUGAUCGACAGUUAGCUUGUGCUGGAAUCCACUCUAAAGAAGGCCAGGAUUACCUCAAGUCUAUGUCUGCAGCAGCAAACUUUGCUUGGGUUAAUCGCUUUUCAAUAACUUUCUUAAGUCGUCAGGCAUUUACCAAGCAGUUCCAGUUGAGUCCCGAUGACCUAGACAUGCAUGUUAUCUAUGACGUGUCUCACAAUAUUGCCAAAAUUGAACAACACUGGGUAGAUGGAAAACUUCGCACUCUGCUUGUACAUAGAAAGGGUUCGACUCGGGCCUUCCCUCCACAUCAUCCUCUAAUUCCUGUUGAUUAUUAGCUGACAGGACAACCUGUGCUAAUUGGUGGGACAAUGGGCACUUGUUCCUAUGUAUUGACAGGAACUGAGCAGGGUAUGAUGGAAACCUUUGGAUCAACAUGCCAUGGUGCUGGUCGUGCUAUCUCUCGUGCCAAGUCUCGCAGAAACCUGGAUUACACUGAUGUUUUAAUUAAGCUUCAAGAACAAGGCAUAAGCAUCAGAGUGGCUUCCCUAAAAUUAAUCAUGGAAGAGGCUCCAGAGUCUUACAAGAAUGUUACCGAUGUUGUUGACACGUGUCAUGCGGCAGGAAUCAGCAAGAAAUGCAUCAAGCAUCGACCAAUAGCUGUCAUCAAGCAUCGACCAAUAGCUGUCAUCAAGCAUCGACCAAUAGCUGUCAUCAAGCAUCGACCAAUAGCUGUCAUCAAGGGAUGAAUGUAUUGCAUGAUA